AUGGCUAACGACGAGUAUGAUUUCCUCUUCAAAGUUGUCCUCAUUGGAGACUCCGGUGUUGGAAAGUCCAACCUCUUGAGUCGAUUUACCCGCAACGAGUUCAACCUGGACUCCAAGUCCACUAUCGGUGUUGAAUUCGCGACCCGCUCCAUCCAGGUCGAUUCGAAGACGAUCAAGGCGCAGAUUUGGGAUACUGCUGGUCAGGAACGUUACCGUGCCAUUACGUCCGCUUACUACCGUGGUGCCGUUGGUGCCUUGCUCGUCUACGAUAUCAGCAAGCACCAAACCUACGACAAUGUUAACCGGUGGCUGAAGGAGCUUCGCGACCAUGCCGACUCUAACAUCGUGAUCAUGCUGGUCGGUAACAAGAGCGAUUUGAGACACCUGCGCGCCGUGCCCACGGAAGAGGCCAAGCAAUUUGCCAGCGAGAACAACUUAUCUUUCAUUGAGACGUCCGCUCUCGACGCAAGCAACGUCGAGCUUGCUUUCCAGAACAUCCUGACAGAAAUCUACCGCAUUGUCUCCAGCAAGGCUCUGGAGGGUGGUGACGCGGGCCAGACCGUCCUGGGCGACCGCCGCGACAUGGUGAGGAUUGAGCAGUCGGAUACCUCCGAGACCAAGCAGGGAUGCUGUUAA